CGGUAGGGCAGCCCCGCAGCAGCCAGACAGUGUAACGGAUAUGUCGGCACACAGUGCGCUGCUAGCAUGUGAGGUGCCCGCUAUGCCGUCAAUCAAAAGUGCAGCUGUGCUUCGAUGCCGCCUCAUCUCCCCAACUGGCCGUCCGACCAACCUUGUCUUCGUCCCGUCACUCGUCUUUUCUUCUCAGCUGAAAUCCCGUAUUCUUCUCUUCUAUUUUUCUUCUCCUUUCUUAUUUUUACUUCUUACCGUCACCAUUGACCGCAAAUCUCCGUCAUCCAUUACACUCUAGCUCCAGCUAACCCCUCCAAGCUGUUGUUGGGAGGCGCCCCCAGACCGCCUAACACUCCAAACAUAUUUCGCCUCACGCGACCACCAAGACAUCAUGAAGUCCAAGUCGGGCAACUCGUCCCCCCCUGGGGAAUCUAACUUGGGACUGGCACUAAAAGUCGUCAUCAUGAAGGCUCGAGAUCUCGCUGCCAAGGAUCGAUCCGGAACAUCAGAUCCUUAUCUCGUAGUCACGCUCGGUGACGCUCGCAUCGUUACACAUUCUGUUGCCAAAACUCUCGACCCAGAAUGGAACGUCAUCCAAGAACUCCCGGUCAAUUCAAUCAACAGCCUCGUGCUCGAUGUUAUAUGCUGGGAUAAAGAUCGGUUUGGAAAGGAUUACAUGGGCGAAUUCGACUUGGCACUGGAAGAGAUUUUCCAAAACGACCGACCAGAACAAGAGCCACGAUGGUACCCGCUCAAGAGCAAACGCUCUGGCAAGAAGAGCAGCGUUGUUUCCGGAGAGGUCAUGCUGCAGUUCACUCUGCUUGACAACUCUGACCGCUCUGCUUCUUCAGAACAGAUUAUGGAAAAAUUGCGCAACCUUGCCGGCUCCGUGCCAGUAGCAGGCGUGCGAUUGAGCCCUUCAUCUACCCCGCCAAUGACGUCGGACCCAAUUACAAAGGUCAAGUCUGCCUCUGCUGACGGAACAGCCGACGAGGAAGAUGAGGAUGAUCUGUCCGACGAUGAAGACCUACAAGAUGGCGACGAUCCUUCAAAGCCAGAAACGGCUGAGAAGCGUCGACGUCGCCUCAGAAUUAGAGGUCUGAAGCGAAAGAAUCGUAAGAACCCAUACGCCUUCACCAACGGAGGGUCUGACGUUGUCGGAAUCAUCUACUUGGAAGUUUGCAAAAUCACUGAUCUGCCACCGGAGACCAACCUCACCCGCACCGGCUUCGACAUGGAUCCCUUUGUGGUGACAUCACUUGGCAAGAAGACUUACCGCACUAGACACAUCCGCCAUAACCUCAACCCAGUCUUUAACGAGAAGAUGAUCUUCCAGGUCCAAACCCAUGAAAAGGCAUACAGCUUUGCUUUCACUGUUAUUGAUCAUGACAAAUAUUCUGGGAAUGAUUUUAUUGCAUCCUGCGACUUGCCUAUCCAGGAUCUGGUCAAAAAGGCACCACAGGCGAACAGCGAGACAGGCCUAUACGACCUCCGAGAGCCUGUUGAGCCUGCACCUGUUGCUGCAAAGACAAGACUGCAACGCAUGGGACUCUCACGUACCCCCUCGUCACAGAGCCUCUCGAAGCUACGUCCCACCGUUUCCAAAGGCUCGUCGUCUGGUACGGGAACUCCAGCACAACAGAUUUCUAUCGACCCUGCCACGCUGCACGCCUCGUCAGUCAAUCAGGCUCUCCUCAUCCCCGCAGAUGCUCUUGCACACACCGCGGUUCCAUCUGCCGAUCCUAUCGUAGAUGUCGAGGAUCCUGAUUUCCAUGAGUUCUCCAUUCCUUUGAAGAUGAAGAAUGUCGAAAAGUGGGAGGCAAAGCACAAUCCAGUCAUAUAUCUCAAGGCCAAGUAUAUGCCUUACCGCGCAUUGCGACAACAGUUCUGGCGAGCCAUGUUGAAGCAAUACGACACGGAUGAAAGCGGUCGUAUCAGCCGCAUCGAGCUCACGACGAUGCUUGAUACACUUGGUUCUACUUUGAAGGACUCCACCAUUGAUAGCUUCUUCCAACGAUUCCCGCAUAAGGCUGGCGAUAAUGAGGAAACAUGGGAUCUUACAUUCGAUGAGGUUGUCAUCUGUCUUGAGGACCAGCUUGAAAAGAGGAGCCAGCCAAAGUCUGUUGUAGAGAAGGCUAAGAGCCUUCUCCCAGACCUUAAGAACCUUGGCAUCAGCAAUGAGCCUUCUGGGAACCCCACGGACGUCUCUGGCACAUCUACACCUCAGAUUGGCGACUCGCCUUCCGUAACUCUUGCAGAAGACGGAAGUGACGGCGAUAGAGACGAUGAGGAACAUGUGAUUGAAAUUCGCGAAUGUCCUAUUUGCCACCAGCCUCGCCUCAACAAGCGCACCGAUACUGACAUCAUAACCCACAUCGCCACAUGCGCCAGUCAGGAUUGGAAACAAGUCAAGAACGUCCUAAUGGGCGGCUUUGUGACAGCCAGCCAGGCCCAGAGGAAGUGGUACUCCAAGGUCAUUACCAAGAUUAGCUAUGGCGGCUACAAGCUCGGCGCCAACUCAGCCAACAUCCUCGUCCAGGAUCGUCUGACUGGCCAAAUCAACGAGGAAAAGAUGAGCGUCUACGUUAGACUUGGUAUCAGACUGCUCUACAAAGGCCUGAAGUCGCGAGACAUGGAAAACAAGCGAAUUCGCAAGAUGCUCAAGAACCUGAGCAUUAAGCAGGGCAAGAAGUUUGACGACCCUGCCUCCAAGGAUGAGAUUGAAAAGUUCAUCGACUUCCACCGCCUGGACAUGUCAGAGGUGCUCCUCUCGCUCGAUGAGUUCCAGAAUUUCAACGAAUUCUUCUACCGUGCUCUGAAGCCUGCCGCUCGCCCUUGCUCUGCCCCUGAUAGGCCUUCCAUCAUCGUCUCACCCGCAGACUGCCGAAGUGUCGUCUUCAACCAACUCACACAGGCCACAAGCAUAUGGGUGAAGGGCCGCGAAUUCAGCAUGAAGAGACUGCUCGGCGAUGCGUACCCCGAGGACGUUGAUCGCUUUGAUGGAGGUGCCCUUGGUAUUUUCCGUCUAGCACCCCAAGAUUACCACCGCUUCCACAUCCCCGUUGACGGUGUCAUGGGCAAACCCAAGACCAUUGCUGGUGAAUACUACACGGUCAACCCCAUGGCUAUCCGCUCAGCUCUUGAUGUCUACGGCGAAAACGUCCGCGUCGUUGUCCCCAUUGAUAGCGAGGUCCACGGCCGCGUGAUGGUCAUUUGUGUAGGAGCCAUGAUGGUCGGCAGCACCGUCAUCACGCGCAAAGAAGGUGAAAAGGUGAAGCGUGCCGAAGAGUUGGGCUACUUCAAGUUUGGUGGCAGUACUAUUCUGCUCCUCUUUGAGCCUGGCAAGAUGCGCUUCGACGACGAUUUGGUGGAUAACUCGAGCGGUGCGCUCGAAACACUGAUCCGCGUCGGUAUGUCUGUCGGCCACUUGCCCACCGAGAAGCAAUGGGAGGGUGACAUGCCUAAGAGUGAGCACGAAAUCACCGAGGAAGAGAAGAGAGAGGCGAAGCGCCGUAUUCAGGGCAGCGUCCUCAUGUCUGAAUCUCCGGAUGACAGCAACGGCGAGGAGGGUGUCAACAGACGCAAGUCCAUGCCACCCACCAUGAGCACCAUGGCUGCGUCGACAAUGUAGACGGUGCUCCCAUUUAGCUGCGUUGUAUCUUUCUGUUUAUUUGCAUAGCAUAGUGGUGUAGGUUGGAAAGCCGUCGCGAAGAUUUAUUCCACGGUCAUUUAAUGUCAGGUGCAUCUUUGAGCGAGGGGACGAGCGAUGUCUUUUUUGCAUUCUUCUUUUUUGGCUUGAGGCCCUGGUAGCUCUAAUUAGUUAGUCAGUCGGUCAGUCAAAUACAGCAUUCUUUUUAUUCAAACAUGUCACUAGACU